AUGAUAGAAGAGAUCCAAGCGCUUGAAAGAAUGAAUACCAGUCGAAGCGUCUUCAAUGGUGCGAGGCAGGACCCCCCGUCAGACCAAAAGCCUUGUUCCGGUACUUCUCCAUCUACCCUGUUAUUGACUUCUCGCAUGAGGCAGCGCAUAAUGAUCUUGCAGGUUAAGGCUGGUGGGGAAGCGGACCUAACAGGUCUUUUUCAGGUCUUCCAGGUGUACGCCGGGUCUUGCAUGUCUUGCAGGUGUAGUUGGUGGUACGCUCUUGCUCUUGCUGAUCUUUCGGGUGAUAAUAAGCUUAAGCUAGCUUUGAAAGCGGGGCGGUGGACGGGCUCCGUAUCGCAUGGGGGGGCGGAACUAGAAGAAGAACUCAAGGGCUGUCAGUCUCAGACCCUUAACACGACCAGUAAAAAAGCCCUAGUUCGACUCAGGCAUGGGACUCACCCUUUACUUGGGAAUGAAGAGGGGAAAGAUAGCAUGUCACAAGAGCGAGUUUGUUAUUUCAUUUUCAAACUAAUGGCAAGGAAAGAGAGGCGUAAGGCAAAGCGCAAGAGCAACUACUCCCAGGCAGACCCUUCUCUGGGACUGCCCAGACCUUGUUGA